GGGUGGCCCGGCACCCCAGCUUUGACGCGCAGCCCUGUGACUCAAGCCUGCGUCAGGGCUGCGUGUCCCUUCCCAUUGAGUAUUUUUUUAAAUUUUUCCUUUUUUUCUCCCCCCCUCCAAUUGCUUUCCCGUUUAUUUAUUUAUUUCCCGGGAGCCGAGCGGCGUUACCUCCCUCCCGGCGAAGGGCAGCGGGGCCGGGCGAGCCCAGCGCGCAUCCCCCGGGCGGUGGCGGGGCGAGGAGGGGGACGCGGAGCGGAGUCACCGCUACCUCGGAGCUUCACCGCCGCGCCGUGCCGAGCCGUUCCCGGGCACUGCUCCCCUUUUCCCGGUCGCUGCCGCUCCCGUUUGCCCGCUUUCCCGCAGCACCGGGAGCCUCGGACCGGCCCCGCCACCGCCCGGUCUCGCCUCUCCUCCCCCCCCCCCGCACCGGAGCGGGGGGAACCUGGGUGAUUUCUACCGGGAAUUUGCGCCGUUUCCUUCGGGAUCGGGCCGGUUUUUCCCGGGAUCGGGUCGGUUUCAUCCUCCCCGCAGCGCCAAGGUCCUGCUGAUGACGAGGAGGUGAGGCUGAGCUGCAGCUCACACCGGCGCCGUUCCCUGUGGGACCUUCAUCUCCUUCCCUCGCCCCGUCCCACCCCCGGGACCACCCGGAGCCGCCCCGAUGCCCAAGAACAGCAAAGUGACGCAGCGGGAGCACAGCAGUGAACAUGUCACCGAGUCGGUGGCCGACCUGCUGGCCCACCAGGAGCCCGUGGACUACAAACGCAGCGUCCUCAACGUGACGGGAGGGGAGGCCUGGGACAAGCAGAAGGAGGGGGAGGAGGACCUGGAUGCGGAGAGGCCGGCCUGGAACAGCAAACUCCAGUAUAUCCUCGCCCAGAUCGGCUACUCCGUGGGGCUGGGCAACGUCUGGCGCUUCCCCUACCUCUGCCAGAAGAAUGGAGGAGGUGCCUACUUGGUCCCAUACCUGGUCCUGCUCAUCAUCAUCGGGCUCCCCCUGUUCUUCCUGGAGCUGGCAGUGGGGCAGCGGAUCCGCAGGGGCAGCAUCGGAGUCUGGAAUUACAUCUGUCCCCGCCUGGGGGGCAUUGGCUACGCCAGCUGCCUGGUGUGUUUUUUUGUCGGUCUCUAUUACAACGUCAUCAUCGGCUGGAGCAUCUUCUACUUCUUCAAGUCCUUCCAGUACCCCCUGCCCUGGAGCGAGUGUCCCCUCGUGAAGAACGGCUCAGUGGCCAUUGUGGAGACAGAAUGUGAGAGGAGCUCGGCCACCACCUACUUCUGGUACCGGGAGACCCUGGACAUCUCCAACUCCAUCUCGGAGAGCGGGGGGCUCAACUGGAAGAUGACCCUGUGUCUGUUGGUGGCCUGGAGCCUUGUUGGCCUGGCCAUGAUCAAAGGCAUCCAGUCCUCUGGGAAGGUGAUGUACUUCAGCUCCCUCUUCCCCUACCUGGUGCUGGUUUGCUUCUUGGUGCGGGGACUUCUCCUGCGUGGGGCAGUGGAUGGGAUCAUGCACAUGUUCACACCCAAGCUGGACAAGAUGCUGGACCCCCAGGUGUGGCGGGAGGCAGCCACGCAGGUUUUCUUUGCCCUGGGCCUGGGCUUUGGGGGGGUCAUCGCCUUCUCCAGCUACAACAAGCAGGACAACAACUGCCACUUCGACGCCACCCUCGUGUCCUUCAUCAACUUCUUCACGUCCGUGCUGGCCACCCUGGUGGUGUUUGCUGUGCUGGGCUUCAAGGCCAACAUCAUGAACGAGAAAUGUGUGGUGGAGAAUGCUGAGAAGAUCCUGGGCUACCUGAACACCAACGUGCUGAGCCACGACCUCAUCCCACCCCACGUGAACUUCUCCCACCUCACUGCCAAGGACUACAACGAGAUGUACAGGGUGAUCAUGACGGUGAAAGAGGGGCACUUCAAGGAGCUGGGCUUGGACGCCUGCCUGCUGGAGGACGAGCUCAACAAGUCGGUGCAAGGGACUGGCCUGGCCUUCAUCGCCUUCACUGAAGCCAUGACCCACUUCCCAGCCUCACCCUUCUGGUCCGUCAUGUUCUUCCUGAUGCUGAUCAACCUGGGCCUGGGCAGCAUGAUCGGGACCAUGUCAGGCAUCACCACCCCCAUCAUCGACACCUUCAAGGUGCGCAAGGAGGUGUUCACAGUCGGUUGCUGCAUCUUCGCCUUCCUGGUGGGGCUGAUCUUUGUGCAGCGCUCUGGGAACUACUUUGUCACCAUGUUUGAUGAUUACUCAGCCACGCUGCCUCUCACCGUCGUGGUGAUCCUGGAGAACAUCGCUGUGGCCUGGAUUUAUGGCACCAAAAAGUUCAUGCAGGAGCUGACGGAAAUGCUGGGAUUCCGGCCCUACCAGUUCUACUACUACACCUGGAAGUACGUGUCCCCCAUCUGCAUGGCCGUGCUCAUGACCGCCAGCAUCAUCCAGCUGGGAGUCAGCCCCCCGGGAUACAGCGCCUGGAUCAGGGAGGAGGCUGCCGAGAAGUUCCUGUUCUACCCAACCUGGGCCAUGGCCAUCCUCAUCUCCCUGAUCAUCCUGGCGUCCCUCCCCCUGCCCCUGGUCUUCAUCCUCCGGCAGUUCCACCUCGUGUCCGACGGCUCCAACGCCCUCUCCGUCACCUACAAGAAGGGCCGGAUGAUGAAGGACAUCUCCAACUUGGAAGACAACGACGAGACCCGUUUCAUCCUGAGCAAAGUGCCCAGCGAGACCCCGUCCCCCAUGCCCACCCACCGCUCCUACCUGGGGCCCGGCAGCAAUUCCCCCAUGGAAAUGAGCAGCGCUCCCAACGGACGCUACGGGAGCGGGUACCUCCUGGCCAGCACCCCCGAGUCCGAACUGUGACGGCCCCCUGCCCGCCACCCCCGCCGGGAGAGGAGGGCACCGGGGAGUGGAUCCUGGCUGUCCAGGCAACGGGAAAAAAAUUCAUUAAUAAGGAAGACGAAGAAGAAACCCCUCUUAAAAUCAUAACCCAAAGCAGCCGUUCGUAAGGUGACACCGGGAAGGAGGGAUUGAGGGAGGGGCAGGACUCCUCCGACAACCCUCGGCUG